AUGGCACAUAUUUCAGGCGUAGGGGCCUUCUUUGUCAUAGUUUUAAUCGUCGCUGUCAUCGGAGGAGCUGCCUGGGUCAUAUAUACACAUUUGCGCGCACGACGAUUAGGCUUACCACAACCAUCUUUAUCAUCCUACAACCCCUUUAGCGGCGGAUCCGAUAGGUAUGGGGGAUCGGGGUCGGGACAAGGUGGAAUGGUCGGAUGGGUAAAGGACAAAGUUAAUGGGUUGAAAAAUCGCAAUAAUCGAUCAGCAGGAGGAGCAUAUGAGGAGCCAUUGAGCAGCAACGUACGUGGUCGCGCAGCAAAUCGAGGUUUUGGUCCACUUGAUCCUGAUGACGCUUGGGAUGCCCGAGUUGGAACUGAAGCGGAUGCAUAUGGACCUGGAGGAUAUUUUGAGGAACAAGAACUUGGCUUGCAUGGCGGAAAUUCGGGGGUCGCGGGAGCACCGGGUACGGCACCUACGGGCUUCUCAAGUCCUCCUCGUGGUAGAAGCUUGAGUCGCGAACCGGAACCAUAUGUCGGAGGAUCAAAAGCUGGGCUCGAUAGACGUUAUGAUGAGGAGAUGGGAUUACAACCAGCGAGGAAUCCUUUCGAUGACCCAAACCAACUGAGAGGUGUUAGUCCUCGACCAAUGGACUCCAACACAAAGAACCAUAAGGCACACGAUGAUAAUCAUUCGGAGAGGAGAUCAAUAUUUCAUGAGGACAUGUAG